AAAAAAAAAGGCUGCCUUUCUUUACAGAGAGAAACUUCAUUAGACGCCUAUGGCCACCAAAGCAACCUGCGACUGGACCCGAUAUAGAGUUCCCGAAUCAACCCGACAACCCACCCGACUCAUCAUCUCCGUUUUGGAAGCUUCCGUAUCUCGAAACGGACCAUUUCUGAGGUAGCAAGCCAUGGGUGAUUCUGUUGAUUUGACUGGAGAUGGAGGUGUCGUCAAGACAGUUCUAAGGCAUGCCAAAGCAGAUGCAGUUUCUCCAACUGAAGAUCUUCCUCUUGUUGAUGUUCAUUAUGAAGGCAUUCUUGCUGAAAAUGGUGAAAUCUUUGAUACUACACAUGAGGAUAAUACUGUUUUCUCAUUUGAGCUUGGAAAGGGCACGGUAGUCAAGGCAUGGGACAUUGCAGUGAGAACCAUGAAGGUUGGGGAGAUUGCAAAAAUCACUUGUAGGCCUGAGUAUGCCUAUGGAAGUGCUGGUUCCCCACCAGAUAUUCCACCAGAUGCAACGCUUAUUUUUGAGGUGGAAUUACUUUCCUGCAAUCCACGUAAGGGAUCAAGCCUGGGUAGUGUUUCAGAGGAGAGGGCUAGACUUGAAGAGCUGAAGAAGCAGAGGGAGAUUGCUGCCACUGCCAAAGAGGAAGAAAAGAAGAAGAGAGAAGAAGCCAAAGCCGCGGCUGCGGCUCGUAUUCAAGCAAAGUUGGAAUCCAAGAAAAGUCAAGGGAAGGGAAAAGGCAAAGGAAAGUAAGGGAAUAUAUAUUUUACAAUUUAUAUUAAGAUACAAUCCAUCAUUGACUUGUUAGAGAUAAAAAUAUAAUUUGGUUUACAUGUAUGAUCUUUGAAGAUGGUUCAUGUAUUAGACUUUCUCCUAUGCUUCAACAUUAAAACCAAGUAGUACUUCUAGUAGUAUUAUAGUUUUCCGAUGAUUGGAUAUUGCAGCGAUGUACGUGUUUAUCUUAUUGGUGUACCAUCUCUUGCCAUUUUAAUGCAAUUGUUGUGAGUGAGUGUGUGACAA